CUUCUGAAGGGCGAACGGAAAUAAAAGUUUUAGACGGGAAUCUGGACGCCGCCCUCCUCCGCCCCCUCCCCCCCGUUCUCCCUCUCGCGCGCGCGUCCCUAACCCCUCUCCCCUUCAACUCCAAACGAGGCUGAGGCGACUCAGACUUGAGGUUCUUUUCCACCAAGAAUAAGGAAUGAGGAUACAGAUGCCUUUUUCCUUUCUAAGGCUCCCCACCCGCAUGCAGUUACCUCAGCUUCUCAGAGAGCUGGAGCAAGACAUGGAAACUGUAAUCAAUGUACUGAAACCUGGGCCAUUAGGAAUCAUCGAACACAAGUUCUCUGCUGCUGAGGUACAGGAGGCAAAGGCCACGGUCAGGAGAGCAGUUGAGAACUGGCAAAGGAAUUAUGCCCUGGAAAGAGACGGCCGUUCUCUGAAGCAUUCAGAAAAUAAAAUGACGCAGCCAUGAGAUAUCCUCUUGUUUGCGAAUGAUCAAAUAAAUGGGUUAAUUUUCACAAAAUUCCAUGACAUCAAUGUUACCAGUGUCUAGGAGUCCAUCUUGCUCUCACUAGAUGAUGAUGUAACCGGAAUUGCUCUGAUGAAUAGCUCUUUUUUUCCAUCAUAAAAAGGAUUUGGUGCUUUUAAAAUGGCA